AGAAAUAUAUAUGACUCGGCACGGGCUGAUCUGGUUUCAGUCUGUUCAAGUAGCUUUCCCGGCCCGGUGUUAUUCAAAUCGCGUGUAGUGGCGGAGUAAUUUUCUCUAGUAGCAGCAGCAGCAGCAGUAGUGAUUGGAUUGCUGUUUGCGUUCCUAGGGGCCCUGCUCGUGUGUGUGAUGAGGAUAUCUGUUGGUGGCGCAACAAGUUGUUUAUAAAUUCUUUUGAUAGAUACCCAGCGGAAUAAAUCGCUUGUGCCGCGUGCUGGUGGUGUUUUAGUUGUGGCCUUUCGGUGCAGCAACACUGUAUUCGGUUUCAGUUACUCGGGCAUCACAAUGGACCACUGUAGCCGUGCAAUGGAGUGAAAUUUUGAAAACAUAUAAAUUCAUUAUAAAAGUUGAUUCCUGAAGAGAAAUGAUUAAUGAAAUCAAAACGGUCACAAAUAUAGUGGUAUUAACAAAGUGUGUAAAACCUGUGAAAUAUUAACUGAGCUCAGAAGAGAACAUUUCUCAUUCAACUUGAAUAAGUUGUGUAAUUGCAAAUCUGUGGCUUAAGUGUCAAAAAAAAAAGAAUUCCUAUUCCAUUCUAAUCAUUGGAUUUUAGCAGUUCUCGGUGCAGGACACAUUAGAAGCCAAGAUAUCGUUCCGCAGCAAGUCCAGCCCCAAAGAGUCCGCCAUGAAGACGGAUGAAAAAACUAACGUACCGAGGGUGCGGAUAGCAGUUCUCGGGAACAUGAACGUCGGAAAAUCAGCCCUCACCGUGCGGUAUCUGACGCGGAGGUUCAUCGGCGAGUACCGCUCCAACACAGAUCUGCUGUACAAACAGACGGUGACCCUGGACAGCGGAGUGCUGGACGUGGAAAUUGUGGACAUCUCGGCGGAGAACGAGAGUAAUUUCCCGGUGGAGCAAAUUCAGUGGGCCGAUGCAUGCCUUAUCGUGUACAGCAUCACGGACCGGGCCAGCUACGAGUACGCCCAGCAGUCGCUCGGUGAGCUGCGCCAGCUGCAAAAUUCACCCUCGGCCUAUCUGAUCGGGAACAAGGCCGACCUGGACCACUUGAGAGAGGUUCAGGAAACGGAAGGAGCCACCUUAGCCGCCUCGCACGCCAUCGGGUUCUGCGAGGUUUCCGUCGCUGACAACUCACCUGCUCUAUACAAAGCCUUCGAACGGCUACUUAUUGAAUCCCGUGCGCGCCCAGUCAAGCCACGAAAAUUCUCUGUCAGUAAAAUGUUCGGUACCCUCAUUGGUAACAAUGGCGCCCGACAGCCUUCAACCGCUGUAACGCAGGGUACUGUCGUGCCGUGCCACAAGGGUGAGCUGCACAAGUCCCGUGUAAUGAAACGGCGACAGGCAUUCACCGCGACGGCAUCACUAUGACCAACAUCGGCGGCGACCGAGGACAGCAACUAAACAGUUUCGCGGUGUGUUUCUUCUUCUAGUCACGAAUCGCUCUCCCCGCGGAUGCAGAGCAGCAGCAGUGCUGUGAAGAAUCAAAAUGUAGGUUGAUUCGAGCGGUUUUUGCCAAGAGUGAAGGAUCGGUGCAGUGAACGCGGCCUACAGAUAUCUACGUACUACUCUCAUUGACUGAACGAACGGAGGGAAGAUGUGGCCGGUUGAUCGGAAUUUAACUGAGCACAAGCGACGAAUGAAGCGACGACGGGACGGGCUGUGCCCUGUGCCAGCCAAGCCGGGUCACCGUCGUCGGUGGAAUGAACAAAAUGUGAUUUUAAUUUUAGCAUGCUCUAACGAAACGCUGAAGUACUCUGCGGCGAUCGUUAUGCAGGAAACUGCUACUCAUCAUCACCCCUCACGUACUAUAUACAUUUAGACACUUAAUACUAAUCCAAUGUAAAAUUUUAGUCGCUAUAUAACAGUAGUCCUAAGCGUGCCGCAUAUUUUGUACGAAACACUUCUUUAUCGUUUUAGAUAAAGCGGUGUUUUCUUAGUCCUGAUAAACAAAAAUUACCAACAACAAAAGCUACAUUACUAGCGCAACUCUCAUAUAAUGAUUCUCAAACAAAUAUACCAAAUAUGACCAAUGACACUGAGCUACGACACACCCUCUCAAAGUGUAAUAGUGCAUUGAUAAUUAAUGUAACUAAUUACUGUUUCCUUCAGUUAUGUAGGCUGUAAAAAACAUUCACUUUUCUCAGUUGGUCCCGAUGACUUUGGCCUCCAUGUGUUGGAGGUCGAUGUUUGCCUCCUGAUUAUGAUUGUUAUUUUGCUUGGUGAACGCAUUUUCACCUAUUCCCCUUGCGCUCUAUCCUCUCCAUUCGACGAUGAAAAGGAAUGACAGCGGUAUUAUCAAAGAUGUAUAGCUACAUCACAUGUAUUCAAUGAGACGUUGCUUGAUUGGGUGAGAAAAUCGAAAACAUGUCUACAAGUCAACUAAUACGCAAUCAUUCGAUUGCGAGUUCGUUAGCAUUGUG